AUUGGUUGCUAUGUACGACUCGAUUACAAGAGAUCAGACGAAUAGUUGGGUAUUUUCCUAUUAAUUUUAUAUUGAAAAACACACCAAAGGUUAAUUAACAUUUAAUUUAAAUAAUAAAGCAUUAAAUUAGUAUGUCAAAGACGGAGAAUAGUGGAAAGAAGAAAAACCUGUUACAGCGUACAGCCGAUAAAUUAGGAAGAAAAAAGAAGAAAAAAUCCAAAACUGGUAAAUCAGCUGCAAAAGAGAAAUCCGAUAGUAAUGAUAUCGAAUCUGGUAGAUCUACAGAAAUAGAUUUUACUUGCGAAAAUGAACCGGAAACUCUAGUAUCCUCUAAGAAAUUACAUAAUAAACCUGUUAUUAAAAAAGAUGGACAAUCAAAGAAAAUUUCAACUGAAGCAGAUUCCAAUCGAAAAUCCAAAUACGCUUCCAUUCCCGUAACUACUGUGUCAACAAUAACAAAAACGCUGUCACCAACCUCAGCGCCUGCAAGUACGACGACCACUUCCAAUAAUAGAGCCAAAUUCUCCCUAGACACGCUAAGAUGGGAAGGAAAAUUGGGUGAUCCGGUUGCGGAGGAUAAGCGCAUCGAGGAUUAUAAGGAGAAAAGGAGACGCAGAUACGAAGAGGCUGCCUAUAAAUUGGGUGUACUAUCUGUAAAUUCUAUUAAUCCUGCUCAAGAAGUACAAAAAGUUAAUCUACCUGGAUUAACAAUAUCGCAACAAGCCGAUUCAAAACUUAAUAGAUCAGUUCAAUCCGUAAAUUUGCCAUCUCUCGUUAAUCAUACGCCAAUUUCUUCGUAUUAAAUGCCUUUAUUCUUAAUAUAAUUAAUUCUUAUUUUCUUUUGUUUUAUAAAUAAAACAAUAAUCAAUUGCUGCUUCACCUAAUUAACAGGAUCAUGCGAUAUUUUAGAUAUUUGUUGUUAAUGUCAGAUCUUCUCCCUUCUCUCUCUCUCCCGUCCAGCUCAUUGAUCAAUCUUAUUCAUGAUUAAUAAGAUUAAACUUUCCUCCUAAUGGUAGGAUGGAAGGAGGUAAGAAAAGGGACAGACAGACAGAGAGAGAAAGAGAGAGAGAGAG